UAUCUUCCGUAUUUCGGUUAGGGUGACUGUUGGAUUUGCAUGGAGCUCAUGGACACCUCAUUAGAUAUAUUUUAUAAGUUUAUUCAUGAGGUAUUAAAGGAAAGAAUACCGGAACGUAUUUUAGGAAAAAUUACUGUCGCCACAGUAAAGGCAUUGAAUUACCUCAAGGAAAAAUUAAGAAUAAUUCAUAGAGAUGUAAAACCUAGUAAUAUCUUAUUAGAUCGACAUGGUAAUAUAAAACUUUGCGAUUUUGGUAUAUCAGGGCAGUUGGUAGAUUCAAUUGCCCGAACUCGGGAUGCUGGAUGCAGACCGUACAUGGCUCCAGAAAGGAUAGACCCUCAGCGUGCAAAGGGUUAUGAUGUCAGAAGUGAUGUAUGGUCACUAGGGAUUACAUUAAUGGAAAUUGCAACAGGAUAUUUUCCAUAUCCAAAAUGGAAUUCAGUUUUUGAACAGCUUUAUCAAGUGGUUCAAGGUGAUCCACCGCGAUUGUCUCCUAACGAAAAUGGAAAUCAUUUUACCAUGGAUUUCGUGAAUUUUGUGAAUACAUGUUUAAUCAAAGAAGAGACUCAGAGGCCGAAGUAUAACAAAUUGUUAGAACAUCCUUUUAUUAGAAAAGCGGAAGAAGAUACUGUCGAUGUUUCGACGUACAUAAGCGGCGUUCUUGACAACAUGACUCUCAGGGGAUUAACGCCUUUUACUACUAAUCGGCAUUAAACCGAAAAUAUAAAAAUAAUACACAUUUGUACCUUAAUUUCUAUAAUUUUUCAAAUCUUAAGAUUGAUUAUUGUAAAUGAGUAGGUUAUUUGCACAAUUUAGUGUAGAUAGUGAAAUCAAUCAACAUCGAUCAUUGUCGAUAAUAAACCAUUUUGUGUAGAAUCAUAUUAUCGUGGUACAGAGUUCUUAUAUACAUAGCAAUUAGAAGUGUUCUAAUGACAAGUUGACAUUUAUUAAAUAGUAUGUAGAAUGAAAGAAAUUCUAAAUCAGCUUUCUUAUUGAAAUAAUUAUACGAUUUCAAUGAAACACAUUUAUAAAAUUAUACAACAAUUAGAUGUUUCACGUUUAUGAUUUAUUUACACGUUACAUUAUUGGUUGAUUCCUAUCAUUUGUGACGAUAAUUUGUAGUAAUAAAAUCGCGGUAUCUUUUCAAUAGUUAAAUGGUUUAAUUAUAUGUAUUGAUGAUGAAUGUUACACAUGGUCAGGUUAGAUACUGUGUUUCAACUUUUUGCAAUUUUCUGAAUCGUAUAUCUAUUGUGUAUUAAUUUAAUCUAUUUUGUAUAAGUGAGGAAGAAGGAAAAAACUAUGAUUAUUAUUCUCGUUGAAUUAAGUAAAAUGGGAUAUAAAUUAAAACUUUAGUAUUGUCAUGAUAUGCUUCCUUGUUGCCGAAAACAUGUUUAGUAACAAGAAAAUUACAUGCGAUUGAAUUACAAUAUGAAUACUACAUUAUCCUUUAAUUGUUCUUAUUUCUUUAUGUCAAGACCUUUUACGACAUGAAAUAAUAAAUUCCUUUUUUUUUAUUUACACGUUGAUAUUAGAAAAAUCAAGUCUUUAAUUAUAUUUGGCAUUUUCUUUUUAUUUUAAUAAAAAUAUUUAUAGAGGCCCCAAAAUAUACGCAAUAUAUAAUGUAUAGAACAAAUAACG